AUGCGCGCCUCGCUGGACGGGACGCUGCUCAAACGCAUCCGCCCCGAGCGCACGCCGCCGCGCCGCAACAAUGUGCAGAAGAUGCAGUGGCGCUCCUCGCGCUGGGUCGACGGCUUCCUGCAGGGCGCCGUAGGAGACGAGGAGCUGGACUCGCGCAUCAGCUCGAUGACGAUCGCUGACGUGAGCCCACGCUUCGCCGUCAAGCGCAUCAUCCUGCUGUACGAGAACUCGCAGUUCCGAGAGGCGGCCAACUUCAUCAACAGGCUCAGCCACUCCACGUUCAAGGUGAUCCUGACGGAGUUGCCUAUCGACCUGUUCGUGGAGUCGAUGCCGCACAGCCUGUCGAUCCUUGAGGCGCUGUACGCGAAGGUGUUCCUGUCGGACGGGCUGGACUUCAGCGUGCGGCUGCUGCGGCCCGAGGCGGUCAUCCUGCAGAUGGCGCGCGUCUUCUCGGACGGCGACCAGCCGGCGGGCCCCGGCGCCGCGUCGCCGCUGGUCUGUUCGUGCAAGAAGCUGCUCAAGGUCAUCGUGCUGUCCGAGCCCAAGCUGCGCAAGGCGCUGCAGCAGCGCCGCCGCGCGCUCGACAAGGCCAUCGAAGGCCUCGGCCAGCACGGGCUCGUCGGCACCUCCGACGAGACGCUCACCAACCUGCACGACGCGCUCAAGGUGGAGUUCCAGCGGAUGGUGGAAACGUACAAGGGCGCGCUGCAGAAGCUGGACGAGCUGUCUCUAGCGGACGGCGCGGCGGUGACGCGGGGGCCCGCGCCCGUCCAGGCCUCCCACCAGAGGCAGUUGGCACUGCGGCCGCAGGACGUGCAGGACCGCCUCAUCAAGAACAAGACGCUGCUCAACGUCGUGGAGCCGACGCUGGGGUCUCGGUCGCUGGACGUGCUGCUGGGGAUCCUGCGGCGGCGCGUCGACCACGACAAGGACGCGCUGUUCCAGUUCACGCAGCUGCGCCGCGAGCUGGGCGACGCUUGCGUGCCGCCCGGCGCCGUGCUCGCGCCCGUCCUCAUGCGCUUCUCCAGGGGCUGCGACCGGGUACUUGAACUGAUGAAGGAAGUAGCGGAAGAUGACGACGACUCGAGUGAUAUUUCUGGAUAUCAUUCAGACUCCGAUUCAGCCAUCAUGAUGUCUGGGAAUUCGCCAUACGUCAGCAAGCGUGCUCGCUACAAUUUCCUUACACGUUCAGUUCGUUCUAGUGGCAAAUCAAGUGCCCGGUUGUCAGUGCUGAAUGCAAGCUCUUCAGCAUCUGGCUCAGACAGUCCACCAACAUCUUUGGGACACACACCAUCAGAACACCCACCUGUGCCAGUGCCUGCAACAAGGUCACGCCACCUGAAGCACAAGAAAGAACUACACAAAUUGAACUCUGCAGCCUCUUCGUCUUCUGGUGGAACUGUGGCAUGCACUGACUCAGUGUCUGCUGUUGAUCUGGAGACAAGACAAAGGGGAAGGGAAAUACUGCUAUUGAAAGCAGAAGUGCAGAACUUGCAAGAAGAACUUUCCCAGUCUGAUGCACGUCUUCGAAUAGCACUAGAGAUGGAGCAACGUCUCAGAGAGAGACUAGCCAUGGCCACACACUCAGACAACGGCAGCCUGAGUGUGUCAAGUGUAGGAGAGCAGCUUGUGCACUGCUACCGUGACCUCUACCAGUCUGCAAGGGUGGAUACUCUUGAUGCUCUUGACAGCCUGCCUCUGCUCAAGGAUGCUGAUGAACUUAAAUCUAAAAUAUUGUUUUCAGUGAUUGUGCUGGCAUUCCGCUCAACCCAGUCACUACUGGCACUGAAGAAAGACCAUGUCCAACGGGUUCUACACAUCCCACAACGGGGCUCAGCACAACACGAAGCUGCUGUGAUUGGACUAGAAGCUGCCAUCUCCUUGUACCUUCGUCAAACUGCUCAAGAUUUUGACCUCUCUCGGAAUGUUGAGGAAGUAUGUUCACAAAUCUGGGCAACACUUUAUGACUAUCCAUGCCUCAAAGACUGCCCUGGUCUGAUUCAGUAUGUGAAGGAUGCCGUUCGCCUUGCAUGGUGCCUCAUAAAUCAGUCGCCACCAUACGUUCUGGAAUAUGAGCAACGUGUUGUAAGGAAGGACAUGCAUGUGCGCUUUCAUUUGUCAAAUCCAGAAAAUGAUCAGAUCAGAACGUAUCUCUGGCCAGCACUUCUUGAGGGCCCUGGUGGUCCAUGUGUACACAAGGCUGUUGUCAUCACAUGAAAAUAGAAUAAUAAAGGUUAGGUACUGACAACACACAGAAAUCACUGUUUCUUAUGCAAGUUACCACUUCAGUUGGAUGCUGUUCUUGGGACUUAUCUGGCUUGGGGACUUAUCUGGCUUGGAAGUUCAUCUCGUGCCAUUAUUUAACAUUGCAUUUGUAUGUCCUAUCUGUAUUAAAAUGUAUUAUAAGGACUGAUUUAUCAUAAAGAACCUCAUCAAAACAUACCUUCAUGAUGAAUGAUGUUUUUAAUGAUAGUUUUAUUGCAGUAAAUCUUGUGAUACUGAUUUCCGUAGCUUACAGUGUACAGUGUUCGAUGAAAAAAAAAGUAAAAAAGUAACACUUGUUACUGGUUACCUUCUCUCCAGUGUAUUAUUACAUUUAGUACAAUGUGUAAUAAAAUUAAUGACUAUACUUCCACAUGAAAUAGACCAGUCUUUUAAAGCAGUUUUGAUGUAAAGAUAUUGUCAAGUUAUGAU